AUGAUCAGUUUCAAGAGGUGUUCUGUUUAUCAGCAGUCGCAGUGCACUCAUUGCACGCUCAUACAGCAGCUCUCGGACUUCGAUAUAUCCGUAGACGCAUCACUGUGUCACGGUAGUGGUAGCAAUUGGCAACAGAUAGAAGUAACGGUAGCAGCUGGAGGUGAAGAAUACAAUAUGGGCAGUACGGUGUCGUCGUUAGUGUUUCAGCCGCCGCCUGCGACUUAUGGAUAUACUCGUCGCUACUUCAUCCUCGUGACAGCUAUGCGUCAUCGGAUCCCCGCAUUCUUCAUUCCAUUCGAUAAGGCUGAAUAUACCGUGCUCUUUUCUCACGGAAAUGCGGAAGAUCUAGGGAUGAUCUACGGUUGGUUUCGUGAAGUAAGCAGAAGACUUCAGGUGAACGUAAUGUCUUAUGAUUAUACUGGCUACGGUAUUAGCGAGGGCACGCCUAGUGAAGAAGCUUGCAUGGCUGAUGCCGAAGCUGCGUUUGAUUACCUCGUAAAUGUGAAGAAGAUUCCGCCUGGCAAAAUUAUCUUAUACGGCAGGUCGCUUGGUUCUGGACCAGCCACAUACCUCGCCGUGAAGCAGUCAAACCUCGCACAGCCUGUGGCUGGCGUGAUUCUCCAGAGUCCCGUGCUCUCCAUGUUUCGUGUCGUCUUCAACUUCCGCUAUACAUUUCCGGGCGAUUUGUUCUGCAACAUCGACAUCAUAGAACAGGUGCAGUCGCCCGUAACAAUUAUCCACGGCACUCGAGACGAAGUCGUGCCUUUUUGGCAUGGAGAAGAACUGUUUGAAUUGUGCCCUCGGGAGUGGAGGUGCAAGCCGUUGUGGGUUACCGGUGCGGGUCACAACAACAUCGAAGCUUACCUAAACACACUCGGCAAUGACUUUUUCCGGCAUCUGAUUGAAUUUGUCCAGAUAUGUCACACGACAGCCAUGAUUCGAGCAACCGAAAUGAAGGCGCUUAUGGUAGCAUGA